AUGGCCUCCCUUAGUGUAAAGGCAGGCCAGCGCUUCACCUUGCCAGACUGGCAGAACAACUCCCUCCUCAUCUCGGCCGACGCGGAACAGCAGCGUUACAAUUCCCAUCAUAUCCGGCAGGAAGGACAAGCUCUCCGCAAUGAAACCGGCAACCAGGCAAGAUGGGAUGAGCACAAGAGUCGAACCCACCUCAAAGAUCGUAUCACCAGCGUGGACAGAUGGAGAGAGACCCUGGCCAGAUGCCUCACAGACAUAGAUUUGGAAAUUGAUGCCUUAACUAAAAUGAAGGAAGCAGCAGAAAAUGCCCUCCAGGCAAAGAACUUGUGUUUGGAUGUUGCCAUUGAGUGCCUGACGUUCCGUGAGAGCCGUCGUGACAUCGAUGUGGUGAGGGAUCCUGUGGAAGAGGAGCUACUCAGAGAGGUGAAGGUGAUUGAGAAAACCAAAAAAGAGCUGCAGCAGCGAGUGGAUGACACCUUCAAACAGCUUUGCCUCUUAAAGGAAGCUCGUCAGCAGCUGAGCUGUGACCACAGGCACAAGGUGGAAGCUUUGGAACUCGAUCGGCAGUGCGUGUCCUUCAAUCCCACCUCUGGCAGCAUCUCCUUCAAGGUCAACCCAACACGGAUCCCAGAUGGAACAACUGCACUUAGUGAGUGGGAGCAGAACAGCCAGCGCAACAAGGAGCGUGCCGAGGCAGAAAUGAAAGCCUCAGUGGAUCUCCGAGGAGCAAUCACACUUACCAUUGCCCAGACAAACAAUGAGCUGGAUGCUCAGCGUAUAGCUACAGAGUUUGCGCUGAGGAAGAGGAUGAGAGAUAUGGAAGGAGCCCUUAAUGAGCUGAGAUGGCAGGAGCAGAACACCUUGGAGGAAAUUGCUGAAAUGGAGGAGGAGAUCCGGCAGUUGGAGGAAGAUAUCCGGAAGAGAACACUGGAUCUGAAAGUGGCUCACACCCGCCUGGAGACGCGCACCUACCGGCCCCACAUGGAGCUCUGCCGGGAUCAGGCUCAGUAUGGAUUGACAGAGGAGGUCCAGCAGCUGGAGGGGACAAUCCAUGCACUCCAGCAGAAGAGGACAGAGUCGCAGGAUGCCUUGGAUGCUCUUUACCGACAACUUCACCGCAUUCAGACCGAUAUUGGCUACAAAACCAAUUCUCUGCAGCUGGACAACAAGUGCAUGGAUACCCAGAAAAAACUCGUGGUCCCCGUGGAGAAGUUUGAGCCAGAGGUCGACGCUGUCAACCGCACCAGGAACCUGCCGAGGAACAGUCAGCUGGAGCUGGCUUAG